AACUUAUAAUCAGCUGUUUAAUACGUGCACACCGGUAAACAUCUACAAAUAUUUCGGAUUUAAGUGUGCUAGCCGCAAUAAUAUAUUAUAAUUAUAUAAAUAUACCAAAAACUACCAAUUUUCUUGAAUAAAAAUCAAAAGCUUGUAAUUUGUGAAUAAUGUGGCCAAUCCUAAUGGCGGUACUCCGUCGCAAUGCUGUCUACAUAACACUACCGAUUGCUGGUGUCGUGGGCUUCAUUGGUUAUAACCUCGAGCGAAUACUCUCGGACAGACAUACUCCAUAUAAUAAAUCCAUACAGGAAAAUCGAGCUGAACGACUGGCCGAAGAAGAGCUAACUAACCCCACACAUGUGGACAAGUUGCGUCUAAAUGUAAAUAUACUGGAAAGAAAUCUGCCUCCUUCGUUGCAGCCAAAGUCAUGAAUUAAAAGGUGUUAGCUGUUUGGAAGGAAAAUAAAUAUAAUAUGUAAUUUUCAUUUCUUUAAAGGUUUUGCUUUUUAUAUGAUAUA